AUCGGAGCGUAGUUUGGACAUGUCUCGCAGAAGAAGCCGAAGUGGAACUCCGCCCUCUCAUACCACUAACAGCAAUGACCCCCGCGACCUGGAGAGAAGGAUUUUUGUUGGGAAUUUACCCACUGCAUCCAUGGACAAGCGGGAUCUGGAGGACCUGUUCAGUUCAUAUGGGAAGAUACAGGCCUUGUCCCUGUUUCGUGGUUAUGGAUUCGUGCAGUUCGAACGGGCGGAGCACGCGGAGGCAGCUAAGGCCGGACAUAACGGUCGAAUUUAUAGAGGUUAUAAACUAGAUGUAAAUAUGGCAGCGGAGAGACGACAGAAAGCACAAUCCCGGCCAAGCCCUCCACGAAGGCACCCUUACGGUGGUUAUGGGGAAACCAGGGAGCCACGUCCUCGGUCUCGAUCCCCCAUGCACGGGCGGGAUUCUCGCGACCACAGAGACGGUCGAGACCUGAGAGAUCCAGGCCGGGAACCCCGGCCCGGCCCGCCGCGCGACCCCCGGCCCGGUCCGCCGCGCGACCAUGACCUUCGUGAAUCCAGUUAUGACAGAUACAGGGGUUCUGAGGGGAGGGAGAGAGACCCCCGCGAUGCUCAUUACAGAGAUGAUGGUUACGACCACUAUUACCGGGCAGAUGACUACUACCGUAAGAAAGAGGACCCAUACGCUGACCGCUAUAGGGAACCCUGGAACGGCAGGAGAGAACCAGAAGACGAUCGCAUACGACCAGAGGAGCGGCGACGUAAUGAGCUGUACAGGCAGUAUUAUGAGGAGCUGCAGCGACGCUACGACUCCGAGAGACCGGUCGACUGCUCCGUCAUUGUUGUCAACAAACAGCAGAAGGUUUAUGCUGAGAAUGUGGGCCGUAAGGUGCGUGAUUUGGGUAUGGUAGUUGACCUCAUCUUCCUCAACACGGAGGUGUCUCUGACACAGGCCCUGGAGGAUGUAAGCCGUGCCCGCACGCCUUUCGCCAUCAUUAUCACCCAACAGCAUGAGGUCCAUCGCUCCUGCACCGUCAACAUCCUGUUUGGCACGCCGCAGGAGCACAGGAAUAUGCCCAUGCAAGAUGCCAUGGUACUGGUGGCCAGUAACUAUGACUCUUUUAAGAUUGCACAUCGCAGUAAGGAGCGAGAGGAGAUUGCCAGGAAGGCUGCUAAGAUGGCUGACGACGUUCUGAUGAGAGAACACGAGAGAGAAGGACAUCCUGUCUCUCAGCUAACUGCCAUCACACUGCUCUCAGAGGGCAGGUAUUUGACCAUGGAGGAGCUGGAUGGACUGAUUGGGUACCUCCAGGACAAACGGGAUCGCCUGUUUAGGGCCACCGGUGAAACACACGCAGUGCCUCGCCCUGGUACUGCACCCGUUCCUCUGGAACCCCAGCCCGCUGCUCAGCCCAUGCCCACUGUGCCCCACACGGUUAUGCCCACCCACAACGCUCACCUGGCACCUGCUCCCAGCACAGUGCCUGCCUCCAGUCACCAGCAGGAGCUGCAGGCAAAGAUACUCAGUUUGUUUAACAGUGGAGCAGGGGCGCCAUUAGCAAGCACGACUACCACGGUGCAGACACAGGGCUACUCCGACACCUCUGACCUGCCCUCCUCGCUCUCCCUUUCUACCUCUGGUAUGGCGAAGAUGCCCACGCCCCAGACAAGCAUGAUGAGCCCUCGUCCCGCACUCCGGCCCCCGGUCAGCGCGCCCUCCGCUUAUGGCCCCCCCACGGGGCGCAUGGCUGUCCCCCAGGUCACGCAGAGGCCCUCGGUCACGGCCGGCACAGGUAUUAACUUCGAUAACCCCAGCGUGCAGAAAGCUCUGGACACACUUAUACAGAGUGGCCCGUCCAUCAACCACCUGGUGAAUGCCGGGAACGCGGCUGCCGCCCAGAGGCCCGAACAGAGCAUGGGUCAAGCCCCGCCCAUGUCACACUACCCACGUCAUUACUGAAAACCACACAGUUU